AUGUUAUCGUCCAAUCAAUUACAACAUAAAAUUAUGGUUGGAAAUAAUGAAGAAAAACUAAAAUUUUUAACAAACAUCAUCAACGAUCAGGCCUCAACUCAGGAACAAAAAAAUAACUCUCUCGAAUUACGUGUGGGAAUUAAUUUUGAACUUAAACGAUGGCAAGAAGUAAUCAAUGAUAUCAAUACACUUCAACCAACCAUCGAUUCAACUGAACUUCGAGUUAUGAAAAGUAAAGCAGCUAUACAAGAAUUUUGUCGCAAAGAACGUGUCUCAAUGUUGAAUUUGAUUAAUGAUGGAAAGCAUACCGAUGAAGUCGAAGCACAUUUUUUAAAUAUUAGCCAAAGAUACGUUGACGAUUUUAUUGAAGGUCAAGCUGUAACAAAAGGUCGUUCAUCAACUGCUGCUAUAUCAAAUAAAAGACCAAAAAAGUCCGUUUAA